ACCGUUUGCACUUUGCGCCAUCCUGAAACCUCUGAACGGCCUGAAAAAUAGGAAUUCAGAGAUCCAGCUCGCUGCUGUGCACGAAAAUCGGACAAAAUUCGUUCCUCCACUAACUUGUUCCUCCGCGGCAGCUACAGGUUCAGUUGACAGCCUAAACUCGGCCCGGGUCAGGUACGCCUUGCACCAAGAUCUCGCCCAGCCAAUGAAUCUCGCCGUUUCGCUCCUCAUCGCCACCGCACUCUCUCUAUCCCUUCCGCUCGCCGGUGCGCACCGCCGUGUGCUCGCCGAUUCGCCCCCGGCGCCGCCUCCACAGAGCUUCGCCCAUGGCAGCCGCCGCAACCUCACCUAUAUCCUAGCCCCCGGCGGGCGCUUCCAGACCUUCGUCAUGUACCUCCAGCAGACCGGCCUCGUGGAGGUGUUCGAGAUCCAGGCGCACCGCACCCACCAUGGCAUCACCAUCCUCGUCCCCACCGACAGGGCCUUCGCCGCCAUCGAGCCCUCGGUGCUGUCGGGUCUGAAGAAGCACCAGGUGAAGAGCCUGAUGAUGUACCACGCGCUGGCGAGGCACUACGCGCUCAAGGAGUUCGACGCGCUGAGCCGGGUGAGCCCCGUGACGACGUUCGCGGGGGGGCUGUACACGGUGAACGUGACGUACGACGCGGGCGCCAUCCGCGUGGUGUCGAGCUGGGCCGACGCCAAGGUCGUCCGGCCCGUCUACGAGAUGCCGCCCAUGGCCGUGUACGAGAUCGACAGGGUGCUGCUCCCGGACGCCAUCUUCCACGCCCAGCCCGCCGUCGAGGCGAUCCCGCCCUCGCCGGACGGCACGACGCCGCCAUCGGACGGUGACGCGACGAAGACCCCGGGGGGUAAGGCGGGAGGAACGCUGGAUGCCAAGAGCUCGGCUUGCCGAGCGCUGGGUCGGGCCGCCAGUUACGUGAUCGCGGCGGCUUUGUGCGCUGUGGCAUUGUGAGGUUCUACCAUAGGGCCAUCGGCAUCUGGGGUCUACGUGUCAUAGACUGGGGCACGAUUGGUCAGGGGAUCUUCUUCCCUGAUUGUACUUUGUUUGGUUUGUACCUAGAUGAUCGGUGGUGGGAUGCAGCCAUUGGGUGCUCUAGUGAGGAAUCUGAAAAGCAUUAGGAUACACUAGAGUAGAAUAGACGGUAGCUAAAUGUGCAUGUGUUGUGAUGAAUAACCUUCGCAAAUGGUAAAACAAGAAAAAACAUGCUGGACAAA